AUGUCUGUGUCACCAGCUCCAUUUAAAACCCUUGAGGGAAAGGUCGCCCUCGUGACAGGUUCCGGUCGUGGAAUUGGUAGAGGUAUUGCUCUUGAGCUUGCCGCCCGUGGGGCGAGCGUUGUUAUCAAUUAUGCCAACUCCGCUGGACCGGCUGAGCAGGUCGUUCAGGAAAUCGAGGGGCUCGGUAGUAAAGGAAUUGCUAUUAAGGCCGAUGUCUCUAAGGUACCAGAAAUUCGGCGCUUGUUCCAAGAGGCUAAGGCACAUUUUGGUAAACUCGAUAUUGUUAUGAGCAACUCGGGUACUGAGAUCUUCAAGGAGGAAGAAGACGUCACCGAAGAAGACUACGACAGAGUUUUUGGCCUUAAUACUAGAGCACAAUUCUUUGUUGCUCAACAAGCUCUUAUCCACCUCGAGAACUAUGGAAGAAUUGUUUUAAUGUCUUCCAUUGCUGCCAAUAUGUCCGGUGUACCUAACCAUGCUUUGUACGCUGGCAGUAAAGCAGCUGUUGAAGGAUUUGUUAGGUCUUUUGCCAAGGAUUGUGGAAAAAAGAAGAUUACCUGCAAUGGUAUUGCUCCUGGUGGGAUCAAGACUGAUAUGUACGAGCAAAAUGCAUGGCAUUAUGUUCCCGGCGGAACUGAAGGAAUGGAUGUAGACGUCAUUGAUAAGGGACUUGCUGCUGUCUGUUCGCUGGGACGUGUCGGUGUUCCAAAGGAUAUCGGAAGAGUUGUAGCAUUCUUGGCAGGUCCAGAAUCUGAAUGGAUUAAUGGACAAAUUCUACAACUUAACGGUGGUGGAAAUGAGGUGCCGAAUUAUGGACCAGAAAAACGAGUGGUUGCAUGA